GGGGCCGCCGAAGCGAAAGCGAAAGGGAAGAGGGCGAGAAGGGCGUCCCGGCCGGGCCGGUCUCGGGGCCGCGGGGAUGGACUCGGAUGAGGACUCCUUUGUCCAGUGUCCCGUGUCCGUGGGCCCAGAGGGCGGCUGCCCAGAGGAGACUCCUGAGAACAUCCUGCAGGAGAUUGAGCGCUGCAAGGAACUGUGCAAGGCUCUGGAGAAAGACCAUGCCGAGCUACAAGAGGCCAAGGAGGCUCUAGAGCAAAGGACACAAAAGCUGAGGGAAGAGGGAGAGCUGCUCCGUAAAAACCUCGAGCAACAACUGUCUUUAAGCAGAGGUGAAGAGAAAUUCCACCAGAUGGGCAUCGUUUUGGCGAAGGAGGAGGGGAACAAACUGAGGCAGAAGCAAGAGGUGCUGAGAAAGAAACUGGAAGAAGUGAAGAAGAGGGUUCUCUGGACAGAUCCAGUGAAGAUGCUGCCUGCUUUGCCGGAGAAGAAAAUGGUGUUUAAGGGACUUGUGACAAAUGAGGAGGACGCGGACAAGCUGAUGCUCAGCCCGCUGAUCCGCUACCCUCUGCUGGGGGGCUCGGCUCUCAUCACCUUUGAGAAGGAGGAGGUGGCACAGAGGAUUGUGGAACUGAAGGAGCACAUAGUGGAGCUGAGCUACGGGUUGGAGCUGGAGGAGCUGGAGCGGUGCAGAAUGCGAGUGCAGGCAGCGCCGGUGGAUUUGCUGCUGCCAUCUGUCCUGGAGAUUGGGGUGACUUGGAGCAGCAGGAGUAUCCUUCUGUCCGGCCUGCCCAGCCUGAGCAUCCCCGAGGAGACUCUGCUGCUCAGGCUGGAGCUCUUCUUCAGCAAGACGAAGAAUGGGGGUGGCGAGGUGGAGUGUAGCGAGCUCCUGGAUGACUCCAGCCAGGCGGUGCUGACCUUCGUGCACGAUGGAGUGGCCGAGCGGCUAAUCGACAGGGGAUGCAUGCCAGUGCUUAUCGGGAAAGGAAAAUACGAGCUCAAAAUAUCACCAUGCAUGAGUGGAGACAUCACCGGCCUACAGCUCCAGCCCUCGCGCUGCCCGCGCACCGUCCUGCUCACCGGCAUCCCCGACGUGCUGGGCGAGGAGCCCAUGCGGGAUACCCUGGAGAUCCACUUCCAGAAGGCCAGCCACGGCGGGGGAGAGGUGGAUGCGCUGGCCUACGUCCCGGCGGGGUGGCAGGCAGUGGCUGUGUUCACACAGGACAUGGGAUAGCCCGGUGCCCGCAGCGGGAUCCGUGCGGCUGCUGGCCACGGCGGCGAUUAAAGCAUUGUUGGAGAGCACUGUGUCUGUC